AUGUCAGCAGUUGAACAGGAAACAAUCGAUGAUAAUCAGGAACAACCAGCUAAAGAGCGCAUCAUUCUCAACGUUGGAGGAGUUAGGUAUGAGACAUAUCGCCAUACUCUAACAGCUUAUCCUGAGACCAGACUUGGAAUGAUGUUUCGUGAGAAUACAAACUUGACCGUACAAAAGUCAACGAAUGAUGAAUAUUUUAUUGAUAGAGAUUGCCAUCUUUUUCGCUACAUUCUUCAAUUUUAUCGUACUGGGAAAGUGCCGAUACCCGAUGAUGGUAAAGGCCUAAUUCCAAUAUCACGUGAAGAACUUGAAGUUGAGUUGGACUACUUCCUUAUUCCUCGCACCAAGCCCGUAGUUACUCUGCCACCACCUCCAGAAUU